AUGACUGUUACAGUCAAAGGUGUUGCGAUCGCCGAGCUGGUCGUCUACAUACCCACGGCGCUUGUCACCCUCCUCAUCGAUGGGUCUAUCUCUUCAUCUUCAGCGGUAUCCGGAUCCUUCGAUGAAAUCUGUCAACAUGGGCCAUCCGAUCCAGGCUCUCGACACAAUGUGCUAUUGCACGAGUUGAGUUCAGUGAGCGGCAUUGCCAGAAAGCUCGUGGGGAUAUACUCCCAAAAAGCGACUGCCAUUUCAGGUCGCAGCAAAGUCGUCCAGCUCCUUCAUAUUCCGUGCCUGACCGCCUUGAUCCUCUCAAUCAUCGGCGGCACAGACCAAGCCUCGUCAAAUCCGUCCGAUCAAGCCGGAGGCAAGACUGAAACCCGCGUUGGGAUCAUCAUAUUCCUUGCGGUAUAUAUCGUGCUUUGCAUACUCUGGAUAACGACCAUCAAGGAUCUGUCCCGGAUGGUAUCGAGCCAAAAGCGCAUCGUUGCUGUGAUGCUCAUGGCAUUGCCCUUGAUCGCUUGUCGCCUGUUGUACAGUCUGAUCAGCGACUUCAGCCACGACCGUCGAUUCUCACUUGUCUCUGGAGAUGUCACCAUCCGGCUGUGCAUGGCCACCAUAGAGGAAUUUUUGGUAGUGUUGAUGUACACCGUGCUUGGGAUAAUCACCCCUCGAUAUGAUGCCAACGCCCCUUCAAGCCCUCAACAAUGGCCACAUAGCGCCGAGGACACAGAGUCCCAGGCUGCACCUGGUGGUUCUCGCGGUGCUUGUGAUCAUCAGAAGUAUGCUCAUGUGGGACAUGAACACAACGGCCUUCCGCGGUGA